AUGCUAUGGAGCAGAAGAUUACCGGCCUCACCGCCCCAUCCUGAGCCCCGGAGUGGGGGUGGGGGGUGGGCCGGGGCAGCAACACACACCUGCAGUGACUGGCGCUGGGCCAGUCUCCAGCAGCACCGAGAGAGGAACGAGUGGAAUGGGGACUGGGAGCAACAGCAACAACACCGGUUCUUUCCUGGGUUCCCUGUUUGGGGGCAAGCGAUCCAAAGCGCCGGGCCCUAUUAUCCCCCCGGGGCCACCUUACCCCGCCCCUGUGGCCCCGCCGACUACAGGAGGGCCGCCACCUCUGUCCCCGUCCUCGAUGUGCCCGGCGGAGGGCGGGGGACCUUCCAAGAUCCAGGCCCUGCACGCCCAGUACUGCCACACUACCAGCAACAGUGUCAGUGGACAGCCUCCGCCCCCGUACUACCACCACCAUCGCUUCCAUACACAGACCGUACCCUCGUCUGGACAGCAAGGCCUCCAUACUCUUCAGCGGGUCACCUUACCUCGACGGCCACUCCCCAACCCCUCCGCGCACUCCCCGUACCAGCCGAUCUCCCAGCAUACUUUGCAGGGUCGCUACGGGAGCAUGGGCAACAUGGGCAACAUGGGCUCCGGCCACCCUCCCCCCCUUUCUCCUCACUCCCCACUCUCCCCUCAUCCGCAGUUUGCUCUGUUCCACACUCAGCCCACACACUCGGCCAGAGGGGGCGGCAUCAGCAAGCCCCCUCUCACGCUGUCGCACUCGCAGCCGCACCCGCACGCACACUCCCACACCCACCCCGUGCACGUGCACACGCCGCACCCGGGCUCCCACCCCGUGCACCAACCUCACUUCGUCUUCGCCAGCCCUCCGCCUCCGCCCUUCCCUGCCCCCACUCAGCCGCCUCCAGUCUCCGCGUCCGGCACUGUCCACCACGGGCCGCCGGCCGGCCAGUAUCUGCCCCAGUAUCCUCCGUUGUCCUCCAUCCCCCCUCCCCCCCCCCACUCCCCUUUACCCCCCCCUUCCUCCCCCCUUACCCCUCUUACGCCUCUCUCCCCUCUCCCCCCCCAGCACCAAGGUCCACCUUCCCAAGCCGGGGGUCAGCAAGGGCCCUCGCCGGCCCAGACUGGAGCCGUACCUGGGGGGACGGGCACAGUCGAACGCGCCAAAUCCAAACCUACCAACCGGAUCAGCACGGUAGUGUGAGCCGGGGGAAGUCGCGAGGCUGGGGGUCGCUGAAGGGUCCUUUGGUGGUCGGAGGGGGGACCUCCGCGAGGGUGGAGGAGGCGGGCAGGGCCAAAGCUGAUAAUAAUGCCAGUGGGAAAAAGAAACGCAGCCUGCUAAGACUCUGCUACUUUCACCUGCGCUUCCCACAAGUGUAAUCGAAGGGACUUACCAAGGCAAAAAUACGUUAACACACAAAUGCCAUACAGGUAGUUGGAGGCCCUCGGGUUGAUUAGUGCUGUGGGAUAACAAUAAAGAGAAACAAUUAGGACAUUUUGCGCUCAGUUCAGCAGUUGUAGAUGAGUUUGGCUUGACUGCCAAUUGACCUUUUGGCUUCUUCUUAAAUUCCAUAUUCAGACAAGAAAUAACCUACUAAAGCAUGUAAAAGGCACGUGGACGUGCACACACAAACUCGAACAUAAAAUUGUCCACAGUCUUGUUUCAGUUAGCCAUAGCCAUAAAGUUAGGGUAAAAUGGUUCCAUUUUGCAUUCAUCAUCGCAGGCACUGGAGAAACUGAGUACCUUGCUUGACCUGUGAACCUGUUUAGGAAAUGUGAAGACCAGAGAGCAUACAAAUAACAGUGUGCUGGACAGAUCAAAGCACAGUAUGUUCAAUGAUUUCAUACAUUCAGUAAUCAUGUUAAACAUUAGUCGCUAGCAUUCGCAAGAUGCAAUAAUCUUUUCACUAAAUUGAUGUCCAGCUUUUACUUGCUAAAUAAUUUUAAAUGCUCCAUUGCUUUUUUUGUACACAUCUAUAACAUUGACAUAUAUGAGUGUUAAUAGAGAUAAAUCCACAAAGCAAAUAUCUUGGUAUGAUUGGUUGAAGUAAGUCAGUAUUGGCCUGACCUCUUCCACUCUUAAGACUAGUCAGCUGUAAAAAGCCUUGUAUGUGGAUGUGCUGUUUGUAAUCAUCCUAGAAUCACUGUUAGAAUUAUUAAUGUGUAUAUAAAAUUAUAGGAAAUUUUAACACAAAAUAAUAUUUCAGUAAUAGUAAAUAUAUAUAAGUCAAAUAAUAUAUCAGUAACAUUUUAUCUAUGAACUUACUAUUCAUAGCUACAGUUGCACCAAUACCGUGUUUCAGAAAAGGAAAUUUAUACACAAAUGAGAAAACAAGUAAAUUUCAUAAUUUGAUCUUUAAUUUUAUGUUGAAUCCAAAGUAUUGUGCCUAAAAUUUAAACGUUUAUGGCAGCAUUGUUUUAUUCUACAUUAUGUUACUUUGUCUUUAACCAGUUUGGUUUGACAGUCAAUUUUUUUUUUGAAGAAACCCGAAGGGCUUGAAUGAAUUUCAAAGGAUGUUUACUCACAUUACAGUAAAAAUCACUGAGCCAAUUGGUGUCCAUUAUCAUCCAUGUCUAAAUUCUUAGCACAUAAAGUUUCAGUAAAUUUGUCAAGGCCCAGAAUGUGAAAACAAAAGGCACUUUAUAAAUGAAUGUUUUCUGAACUGUAUUAAAUUAAUAUAUCUCCAUAAUCCAUUAAACAAAUAACAUUAAACUUUUUCCAGGUUAAGUAUUUUUACCUAUGAGGGCUAGUGACAUAUGAAGGAAACAUUCCAUGAAAGAUUGUUGCCAGUCUUCACAUCUGAAAUGUCUGUAUUCAUCAGUUUUCAUUGGGUCCUCACAUUAAUACUGCCAACCAUACUUUACCAAGGUGUUUUUGAUUAUAUUUUAUGCUGUUAUAUGAAUGUUUGCUAUGAAUUUCAAUUUUAAUGAAUAUAACUAUUCUUCUUUUAUGUUAUGAAACUAAAUUUGACAAAAUACAAUAGAUACAUGUAAAUAGGAAAUGCUUUCUCAUGCUUUGACAUUCAACGGUGAAGUGUCAAGGGUGUGUUUUAUUGUUAUUGAUGACUUUUAUGGACAAACACACUUGUCUUAACAAGUGUCCUUGAAUGUUGAAGACUUUAUUUGGGUAUUAUUUAAAUUUUUUUUUUCUUUUUUAAACAGAAAUUGUGUACCAGUCAUGAUGUUUUUGAUUCAGCUUUGUGUGCAGCUGAUUUUUGGUUUGGGCUAAAAGACGACCUAUUUUGACAACAUAGCACCAUACUUCAUUUUUCAAUAACCUUCCUCUUUUUUUCCUCUGUAUGAAUAAUGGAGGAGAAAAGGAAGAUGGGGGAACCUAUAUAAAUGAAUUAUCACAUUAAUACAAGGAAUUCAGUUUACCUGUACAAGAAAUCAAGGUAAUUUAACCUUAAGUAAGGCCUUAGUGUAAGUACUGCUUGAAGUUUCUGUUUGUGCGGAUGCUUAACGUGAUCUCAAGUGCUGUUAUAUAUUUCUGGACUGGGCUUAAUGCAGAUGCUCAGUAUUAUUUGUCUUGAUGUGAUGCUCAGUUAUUGUGUGUAAGAUAUUUAUGCCCUUUUGCUACCUUUUCAAAAUGCCAUCUCUUUCUAUGUGCUCCUGCAUAUGCUAUUUACAUAUGAUCAGCACUGCACAGUACUAUAAAUAAAUAAUAGGACAGUAUAGUGGAAAAUGGGGCUCCAUUUACAUAUAUUCCAUAGACAAAUACCAAUAUCGAUAUGAGAUGGGACAGAAUAUAAAGAUUAAAAAUACAUAACUUAUUAAUAUUUACUUUGUUUCAAGAUUGAUUUCCAUGCUCUUUUUCAUUAACUGUCUGUCUUCCCGCUGUGAAUUUUACUGCACGAGUAUGUCUGUAUUUACUGAGCUCUGUAACAAACUGUACAUAGACUGUCACAGUAUGAUUUAAUAUUGACAGUGGAACAGGGAAAGUGUUAAAGGUUUAUGUAUGAGUGUGUGUGUGUGUGUGUGUGUGUGUGUGGGUGGGUGGGUGUGUUUGUGUGAAUGUGUAUGGGGAGGUGGCAUUAAGUGUAGAUGAUCACUGCAUAUUUAUUUUGAUCCAAGAAAAUUAAUUUUAUCUGUAAACUUGUACAAGUGUGUAUGUCAAAGCAGGUAGAAGUGUAAUUUUGAAAAAGGUAUAUGAAGUCAUCUUAUUUGUGUACAGACAAUAUAUGAAAUUAAGCAAAUUCGGAGAGAUGUGAAUAUUUAUUGCCUAACAUUAUGAAUAAAAAUAUAUAAAGUGUCCUCACACAA